AUGGCUUUCAGCUCUGCCCUUUCUCUCGGCGUCAAUCUUCGCAUGGCGAACGUUCAAAACCAAAAAGACUUCCAAGAAACCCGGUAUCGGCUCUGGUGGACCAUCUUCGAACUAGAAUGCCUUCUCUCAUCAAUGACCGGGCGCGUCACCGGCGUCGACGAGAGCAUCAGCUCUGUCCCGGCACCACUGCCAUUCGACGAAGAAUUAUUCACCCAGCCGGCCGUCAACCAGCUUCUAAAGGACCAAAAGCUCCGCGAGACCCAGCUGCAGCCUACAAUCCACGAGCCGCCGGCCCAGCUCCGAGACCAAGCCCCAGCCUCUUCUUGGACUGCAACGUGCAGGCCCAGUCAUUCACUAUUCUUCCACUGCCUCGUCGAUCUAUCCAUCAUCACCCAGGCCGUCAUCAAUAGGGUCUACAGCAUCGAAGGCAUGCGUCUCGGCACCACCCAAGUCGAGCAUCGCAUGCACAAUUACGGUCUUCGGCUCGACAAAUGGCUCUCCAAAUUACCGCCAGACUAUCAAUUCACCAGUCCCGACUCGACAAGUCCCUGGCAUCUCAACCGUGCCAUUCUCACCGAUGAUAACGCCCAAUACACAAAAGAGCGCGUCAGUCUAGCGAUGAACUACUACUCUACACGCAUGACCCUCUACCGACCAUGCUUCACAACACUGACGCCGCAGUCUUCAUCUACGACCUCCUCAAACGUUCAAUCAUCCUCCAGCUCCCUUUCUUUACCCCGCAGACCUUCCCACUCCCACUCCCACUCCUCGUCAUCCAGCAUGCGAGCAGAACUGGCAACGCAAUGCCUCCAAGCCGCCUGCUCGCUGAUCUCCAUUCUUCCAGAAUCCCCAAACCUCCCCUGGCUUGCCCGCACAACUCCAUGGUGGAGCGUUCUCCACUUCAUAAUGCAGGCCACCACCGCUCUGCUACUGGGUUUAUCAUCCUGCUCGCGUUCUUUCCCUUCCCAACACAACACAAACGAAAAUGCAAAUUACUCCCCAUACCUGGCAACAGCAACGGCAACACUGGAAACAGACCUUUCAACCGCCGUCGCGCUGACGAGAAAAGCCCUCUUCUGGAUCCACGCCAUGGCCACCGUGGACCCGGCGUCGAAACGUGCGUUUAGGCUGUGUGCAGGUGUUAUGAGGAAUAUUGCGCCGCCCUUGGGACUGGAUCUUAGCAGUUGGCCUGAUGAGUGUGUUGUUGAUUCAGAUGCUGAAGGGGAGAAUGCGGGGGUGGAUGUGGAAAUGGUUUAG